UACACAGACGUAAGUAAAUUUAAAAGUACCUACUAUGUUAACGUCUGGCGGUUGGACCACUACCACUUACAACUUCGCUACUAUGUCGCACGUAAAAAAUAUCUCUCUGUCCAAUAUAAUUGAUUUGAACUGUUGAACUAUUCAUUUUUUUCGACGUUGAAGAAAACAAACACGUUACUUGAACAACACUCUGGUUGUAGUGAAAUCAUAGAAAAUGAAGUGUCAACUCAAAAUCACAGGUUUUACCAAAGAAAUAGCAUACACACUGAUCACACUGACAGUUUACAUUUUAGUUGGAGGCAGUAGAGCUUACUUGGCAUUUUUAUUUCACCAGUUGGAUUUUCCAGAGUCACGUAUAAAAGUAGACGUCGAACAGAAAUCAUGGAUAGCCAGCUCAUUAGGCCUUCUGAGUCCGAUUGGAUGCUUAUGUUCCGGCGCCAUAAUGGAUUUCUGUGGAAGAAAAAUAUUUUUACUCGUUAUGUUCAUUCCAUUGAUCAUUUCUUGGGUAAUCAUCAGUUUUGCAACUAGUUUUGAAAUGCUUUUCGGUGGAAUGUUCCUUCAAGGAUUUGGUUUGGGUAUGUCAUUUUGCGUAUCCACCUACAUAUCGGAAAUCAGCACACCAAAAAACAGAGGUGCUUUACUAGGUCUGACCGAGGUAGCGUACAAUGUUGGUGUAAUGUUCUGCAGCAUUUUACUCUAUAAUGUUAUGUGGAAUGUAGCAGCCAUCGUAUUUGUUGUAUUAUCAACAAUCUUCAUGUUCUCUACUCUACUAUUACCAGAAUCUCCAGUAUGGUUAUACAGCAAAGGGAAGCAGGAAAAAUCUGUAAAAAUCCUCUGCUCUUUGAGAUGCACAGAAGUGGAAAAUAUCACAGACGAAAUACAAGACAUGGAGAAGAACUGCGCAGAACAAACAAAAACCUCGUUCUGUGAAACAGUAAAAAAUGUCUGCAGAGCUUGGAAACCACUCCUCAUAACAGUAUUGCUAUUCGGUCUGUUGCAACAUACUGGGUAUUCUAUAAUGAUCGCCUACACAAUCAUGAUCUUCGAUCGACUAGAAUUACCUCUGGAAAGUGCUAAAGUUACAAUUUCGUAUUCUGUAGUAGGUUUUAUUGGAAGCGUUGCUACGCCAUUUUUCAUGCAUAAAAUGGGUCGAAAAAGUAUUUUAGGAUUGUCUUCUUUAGGUAUGGGAGCAUGUAUGGUAGUUGUAGCGGUAUACGAGGAGAUAUUUUAUUACCAAAGUGAAAAAUUAUUCGCGUACAUUGUUCCAGUAGCUUUCUAUGUGUAUACUUUGGCGUGCAAUAUUGGGGUUCUUCCGAUAGGGUUCAUCGUUGGUGGAGAACUGUUUCCAAAUGAAGUGAGAGGUACUAUGAAUGGCCUUUAUGGUGUUUUUGCCUAUGUUUAUUGGGCAAUCACGUUAAAAUUGUAUCCAAAAUUCAUGUACACUUUUGGCAUCAAAGCUGUCAUUUGGGCAUUUGCUGCAUCUUGUUUUAUGGUUACGUUAUUCGCAGCGUUUAUUUUACCAGAGACUCAGGGUAAAACUCUGAAUGAGGUGCAAGAACAAUAUUUCAAAAAAAAGAAGAAACAGUCGACAACGACGAUGGAAAAACAGCUUGAAUAGUAGAUGUAAUAAUAUAGGAUCAGAACUUUUGGCAUUUUUAAUAAAGGGUUCAUGAAUUCUUGAAAACCAAAGACCAAAGAAAUUGAGCGGAUGUGAUUUGCAAGGUUUUUUUCCAAGUUAUGUACUUAGGUAGAGCCAUGUGGUUAUUUUCCCUUCUUUUUGUCAUUCACUCAUUCUAGUGCAUUACAACGGAUCACCAUUAUAAGCAUUUGGUAUAAUUAGUAUUUUUUACAACUUUUUUACAUAAAUUAAAUGAUUUUUGAAUAAUUAUUUAA